AUGCCCUCGCCUCUAGCCCUAUGCCGCUACCUCCGUGGCGAGCUGCCCCCAUCAUCCGUGGACUCUCGGCCCUGCAGCAGCCCCUCCGUGGUGCCGGGGAAGGUCGGGAAGCUCUUCCUGGGGGUCACUCCUCCUCGGGCCCCACGGCUGCCACGCCGGCUGGCCUGGUGUUCCAUUGAGUGGGAACACGUGCGCCUGCUCCACAGGCUGGGCACUGGAGGGUUUGGCUCGGUGUACAAGGCCACUUACCACGGUGUUCCUGUGGCCAUCAAGCAAGUGAACAAGUGCACUAAGAACCUACGAGCAUCCCAGAGGAGUUUCUGGGCUGAGCUAAACAUUGCAAGGCUGCGCCACGACAACAUAGUGGGGGUGGUGGCUGCCAGCACGCGCACGCCCGAGGGCUCCAACAGUCUAGGGACCAUCAUCAUGGAGUUCGGGGGCAACGUGACUUUACACCAGGUCAUCUACGGGGCCACCGGAUGCUAUCCCGAGGAGGAGGCUGGAAAGCCUGGCGGCGGCGAGCCCCUGAGCUUGGAGAAGUGCCUGAAGUACUCGCUGGAUGUUGUGAACGGCCUGCUUUUCCUCCACUCGCAGAGCAUCGUGCACUUGGACCUGAAGCCGGCGAACAUACUGAUCAGCGAGCAGGAAGUGUGUAAGAUCGGUGACUUCGGCUGCUCCGUGAAGCUGGAGGACCAGCGGUGCUUCCGGACCCCCGGCCCCCAAGUAGGAGGCACGUACACGCACCAAGCCCCGGAGCUCCUGAAAGGGGAGCCCGCCACGCCCAAGGCCGACAUCUACGCCUUCGCCAUCACUCUCUGGCAAAUGGCCACCGGCGAGAGGCCGUACUGCCGCGAGCCGCAGCACGUGCUGUACGCCGUGGUGGCCGACCACCUGCGCCCGAGCCUGGCCCGCGCCGUGUUCACCCGCUCGCCGCGGGGGCGCCGGCUGCAGAGCCUCGUCCGCGGCUGCUGGGAGGCCAGCGCCCUGCGGAGGCCGAGCGCGGAGCGGCUCCUGCUGGACCUGAGCGCUUUCAGAGCCGACCUGGGCGGACGCCGACCCGCAGCAAGAUAA